AGCCGAGCCAGCACUUAUUGGCGGACUUCUCCGAAUGUUUUCCUAACUUGCCUAAGGUUAGUUCAUCCAUCAUUUUCCUGCACAUAUCAUCGCAUAUUUAAUUUCCUCUUCACUAGCGAAUCCAAAAACGCUUAUAGUUAUAGUAAUGGCAAGUACGAUCGCGGCCCGAUCCCGGAUCGCGUGGCGGAUGCGGCUGAACUCCGCCGUGAGGACCGCCACCGCGUGCGCUAUAGUUGGGGGCGCCACCAUCUACGGCCCGAAAGCGCUCGUUGGCGAAAUUAAAUUCGCGGCUUUUUCGUAUCUAACGGCCGUCAUAAUAGUAUCUGAUGCCUCACUGGGUGACACACUGAGGGGUUGUUGGCAUGCAUUUUGUGCGACGGUGCAGGUGGUCCCACUUGCCAUGCUCGCCCGGUGGAUCAUGGGUCCUACAGGCGGCCUGCAGGUGGGCGUAGCUUCUCUGGUGGUGGCAGUGGCGGCGUUUCUGGUGGCGCUGCCGGAGUGCACCCAUUUGACGGCAAAGAGGAUUGCGUUUGGGCAGAUUGUGCUGGUGUGUAGUGAUGCUGUUAUCGGCAGCGGCGCAAGCAGGAGUACUGCUGGCUUCAUGCACCCUGUGUAUGUUGCGGCGAGCACUGGGCUUGGAGCUUUGGCUUCUGUCUUAGCUUUGUUGGUCCCGUACCCAGGUCUGGCUCAUAGCAAGGUACGGAAACUGUGUGGAGUUUACGCUGAAAACGCUUCUGAGAGGAUGAAUGUAUACUUGAGAGCUUUCAGAGCAGAGGACGACCAUGCUAAAAUGGAGCUCAUCUCGCAAGCCAAGCCCUUGUCUGAAACAGGAGCCAAGCUUUUGCAGAGUAUCAGAAUCUUACAGGAAAGCAUGCAAUGGGAGAAACCUUGGACUUGGAGCAGAUGUUUUAAACACAAUUUACUAAGCCCAGGAGAUAGAUUAGAGAGCAUGGAACUACAAAUGAGAGGAAUAGAGUAUUCCUUGGUUUCGUCUCCUGCGUUUCCGGUUCAAGUAGUUGAUCAAGAACAACUCUCCAAUAUCUUAAAGGGUGUAUCAGUUCAACUUGAGCAAAAACUGGAGCAAGUUACGCGUUUAUCGCGUUCUCGUUCAAUGACGGAGCCUGAAACAAGGGGAGAAUUCAUGGAAAAGCCAUUGUUACCGCUCGAGCCAAUGUUCCCGAUACUCAAGUAUGGAUGGGUCCUUUUCUACUUCUCUUGCAUAGAUAUGUUGCUGAAUGAUGCUGCAGAUACUUGUUUUGCAUCAAGAGAACUCCAAACUCGACGUGCAAAAACAGAGUUUAGCAUCGUUAGAGCGUUCAAGAGUUGGAUUCUGAAACUUGUCAGCAAAGAAAGGCUGCGAUUUGCCUUCAAGUGUUCACUUGCUUUAGGCCUGGCAAUGCUGUUCGGUUUGAUAUUUGACAAAGAAAAUGGAUGCUGGGCAGGUCUCACACUGGCGAUCAGCUUUGUCCAAGGAAGGCAGGCAGUCUUUACGGUAGCAAAUACGAGAGGACAAGGAACAGCAAUUGGAUCAGUGUAUGGUGUUAUAUGGUGCUUUCUCUUUCAUCACGAAGAACUAAGGCUUUUAGCCCUUCUUCCAUGGAUCAUUUUCACCAGCUUGCUGAGGUACAGCAAAAUGUAUGGACAAACUGGGGGAGUCUCAGCCACCAUAGGAGCACUACUGAUUCUAGGCAGAAAGAAUUACGGGGAACCAAAUGAAUUUGCUAUUGCCCGACUGACAGAGGUUUUCAUUGGUUUGACAGCUUUCCUCGCAGUGGAGCUUCUCUUGCAGCCCAUCAGAGCAGCCACUCUAGCCAAGAACCAUCUGCAUCAAACACUAUGCUCCCUUCGUGAUUGCAUAAAAGAAAUUGCAACUUGCCCUAUGCAGAAAAACCAGACGGUCGUCAAGUUUGACAAAUUGAGGGAUAAGCAAAGAAAUCUCAGUUCACUGGUCUGUGAGCUCAAGAAGAUUGUGGCAGAUGCAGAGUUGGAGCCUGAUUUCUGGUAUUUGCCUUUUUGUAGUUCUUGCUACCAGAAGCUGGUUGGACAUUUGUCGAAUAUAGUGGAUAUGUUAUACUUUAUCACAAGCAAUUUUGAAAGGCUUUCGGAGCUAUCAGAGACAAGUACCAUAUGCAAGGAAUUCCGGGAUCAGAUCAGUAGUGAACUGGAAUUAUUUCAGGAAACUCUAAGCUCUUCAGUGGAAUAUCUAGAGAAGGCCCAUUCAAUUGAAUCACAAGCAGACUCUCAAGAGACUGUGGAUGAGGAGUUGAAAGACCUCGAGGUGGGGAAGCUACAAAAUCCAGAUGGCCAAAGUGCUUUGAUCACCAAACAUAAAGAGGCGGAGAUGAACAAUGAGGAGGAGGUUGGUGAAGAUAAUAGAAGACAGAGACAAAAGAUGAUUCAAUGUCUCGGUGCACUGGGGUUUUGCAUUAGUUCUUUGGUGAAAGAAAUAGAUGAGACUGAGAUAUGUAGAAGAGAAAUAGAUCAAUGGGAGAAUCAUUGAGCUAAUAGAAGACUCAGAGAUGGUUUUGCUUUUGUAAGUUAAUACUGUUAAGAUAAGUGACUGUGAGAGCAAUACUAGUACAUCAUAGCUACAAAGGAAACAGGUGCAUGUUCAAGAUUGUGGGCAACUGUAAAUCUUGUCCCUGCCAGAUCAACUACUGAAAAAUAUCAGUUUUCAUAGACUGGUUUUCACCCUGCUGUUUAGCUCGGGAAGCUUAUGAGUUACAGCAAUUAUCUCACAACUCUCCAUACAGACAAUGAAGCCUUCUUUUCAUCUUGUAGAACAAAAACCUAAACUCAUGUCAGGCAAAGAUGCCUCAUUCAGAUAUUGGCCAAAAGCUCUGUUCAAACUUCAAAGUUCAAUCACAGUUGCUGGAAAUUAAUCAACGAGUCACCAAAUGGGCCAUAAAAUCUUUUGAAAUGAAAACUCAAUCAAGUAUCAUAAGGAUCAUGAUGGCACCAACUCCUCUAUAGUUUCCACUACUAGAUGCAAAU